AUGUCGCUUGCCUCUCUCCGAAACCUGUGCUCCCAGGUGUUCCCGCCCAAAGCGGCCUUUACUGAAAAAGAGCUGCCUUUACAGCAGGGUCGGGUUUUUAUCGUGACAGGCGGUAAUGCCGGCGAGCGUGCCGAGGACGCGAUUCAAUCCAUUAUCAAGGUUCAACCUGCGCCGAAGUUGCCCGGCAAGAUCAAGUUCCUCCAUCUUGACCUUAACGACUUAGAAUCAGUUAAGGGGGCGGCCGCUACUUUCGCACAACAAGAAUCAAAACUCGAUGUCCUCUGGAAUAACGCGGGAACUGGAGCGAACAUGGUGGAACCCGGCGCUAAAACAGCCCAGGGAUUCGAGGCUAUGGUGGGGAUGCACUGUAUCGCGACUUUGCUAUUUACCGAGCUCCUACGACCGCAGCUACGGGCGGCUGCAGCAGCACCCGACACACCUCGAGGAUCUGUUAGGGUAGUGUGGACAUCCAGCUUUUUAGCGGAGGGCGGCUCUCCCGAGAAUGGGAUUGAUUUCACCUUGUUAGAUAAUGGAACCAAAGAUCGCGCUCGCAACUAUGCUGUCUCAAAGGUGGGAACCUGGAUGCUGGGACGGGAGCUGGCACGGCGAUCCGAUCUCGAGCAGGAUAACAUUGUGAGCGUGGUGCAGAAUCCAGGCAAUCUCAAGGCGGGCUCCUAUGCAGGGACUCCGGCGCUUAUCAUGUUUUUCAUUGGACCCCUACUCCAUGAGGCCAAGUUUGGGGCUUAUACUGAGCUGUACGCCGGUUUAUCAUCUGAGAUAACCCUUGAGGAGAAUGGCGCCUAUAUCAUUCCCUGGGGACGGAUUCGACUGGACAAGGAUUGUCCACGACGAGAUAUCGUCGCGGCGAUGACUUCGGCUGAGGAUGGGGGACUUGGAUACCCAACGCGGUUUUGGGAGUGGUGUGAGGAGCAGUGGAAGCCUUUUGUGUAA